AUGAAAGGAACCAGGGAUGCUUUGAGACGACGAUUAAGCGGAAUUUUCUCUGUUGGAAGACAUAUCGUAGAUAUGUUUCACUAUGGGAAGAUUAAGUUCAAUCAAUGCAGCGCUUGUAACAACAACGACUGGUGUUUUGUUAUUCCAAGCUGGCCUAGUGAAGAAAAGAUCAAUCCUGCCUUCUGGACUUGUUGCAAUCGAUGCAAAUGGCACCGUGAGAGUGUUUUUUGGUUCAAGGUGAUGCGUGUCUAUGUUGUGUCAGGGAAUCCAUACCCUUAUAAUUAG